GUGGUUACGGUUUGCAGAUGAACCCGGAUGUAAACAGAAGCAGCCUCACCGAAGAGCAGCGGACAGCAAGAUGAACGACUCCUGCCCACCUCCCCUCAGGUGUUUGACCGCAUGAGGCAGAGCAGCUGUCCAACACACCAAUAGGUGGUGGUUUGGCUGACAGAGCCGGUGAGGAUGGAGCGUUGUGUCAACUUGCAUUCUCAGCUGGCCUCUGUCAUGGAGGUGUUAGCUAACGCGGCGGUGGCGGAGAUCUGUCAGCUGGUGGACGACGGCUUCGCCUCGCUAAGGCUGGAGAUCUCCCGGAGCCGCAGGGAGAACUUGGCGCUGAAGAGCCGCCUGCGGCGGAUGGAGGUCCGAGCCGGGGAGAGCUCCCACAGAGAGCCCGUAUCGUCCAUGGUGGUCACCUGUGCCUGCAGAGAUCUUGAAGAAGAUGGAUCGAACAUUACAAAAAGAGACAUCGGGUCCAGCAAACAGGAGAAUACUGACCGUCAGCAGUUACAGCCAGCGGAUGUGUUGGGGCAGCAGCUGGAGCCAGAGGCUGCUGUGGUGAAGAAGGAAAGGCUGGAGGAGGCAACAGUCUGCUGUGUGCUAGAGGACCAUGAGACAGCAGCUUACAGCAGCAUUGGAUCUCAGUCUCUCUCUUCUGCUGCUGAGAACAGAGACAGUGGUUCAGCCCAGUUUGAAAAACAGGAUUUAGUCGGACUUGAGGCUCAGCAGGAAGAAGAGAAAGAGCGAACAAGUCCGGAUGCUCAUCGUGAGAGCCAUAGAGCCGCACCAGGAUGUCCAAACAGAGACUUGACCAAGGAAGACAAGCAUGUUGUGGAUCUCAGAGACUCUACUAGUACAGAUCCUAAUGUACACACUCCACUGAUCAAGACACUGGUGUCAGAGCUGCCUUUAACAACAAGUAUGUGUGGUGCUGCAGCAGACUGGAGGGAAGAAGCAAUGUCAACACCAGUGAAACAGGAGGCUUCGUGGUCUGAGGCCUUUAGGUCAUGUGAUGCUUCGGUCUCUGUCACUAGAAGCCAGUGUGUGAAUAACAGUAGAUUAACUUACAGUCACCACACAGAGAGACAAGAAGCCUCUCUGGAUGACUUGUUCUCGACUACAGAGGUGACCCAGUCUCUUACGACUCCCCAUAUACAUUCCACAGAUGGAGUAGCAGGCACAGAUGAGUCACUGUCAACCCGUUGUUUUCCAGUCCUUAGUAGCGGCAGUAGCUUGGGGAACUCUUCCAUGUCAGACUGGCUAACGGGCUCCUCCUUCAGUAAGGCCUCCGCUGACUCCAGGAGCACAAGUUUUCCCAGCACCACAGAGCAAGCAUUCAGCUGCCAGCAGUGCAGCCAUCUUUUCUCCACUUCCAGAGACUUGGUGGUGCACAAGCGCUCCCACUCUGGGGAGAGGAUCUUCUACUGCCACCUCUGCACAAAACCCUUUGUCCAUCCACACCAGCUGAAAACCCACCAGCGUGUGCACACAGGGGAGAAGCCGUUCAGCUGUGCACAGUGUGGUAAGCGCUUUUCCCAGUCCAGCCACAUCAAGAGACACAUGAGCGUUCACACAGGCGAGAAGCGCUACAGUUGCAGCCUGUGUGGGAAACGCUUCUCGCAGGCCUGCAGCCUCAAGGUGCACCAGGCUGUGCACACCGGAGAGAGACCGUACAGCUGCAGCAAGUGUGGGAAGAGAUUCUCUGUUCUGGGAAAUCUGGUCCGCCACCAGAGCGUCCAUGCGCAGAUUGCCUCGAUCAUAGAGAUACUGGCCAACUCUGCGGUGGCGGAGAUCUGCAAACUGGUGGACGAUGGCUUCGCGGCGCUGCGUUCCCAAAUGGAGCAGGAGCGCGACAAGAGCGAGAAGGAGAACGACGCGCUGCGGCAAAAGCUGCAAGACAUGGACGUGAAGAUGAGGAGCUACCAGAGGAAGAUGAGGAGACGAAUUCAGCGGGAGGAGUUCAGGCCACCCGAAGGUGUAAAAGAUCCUGAGCACCUUGAGGGGGAGCCUGAAAUCUCUGAGGCGUCUGAGGUGGAACAGACCUUGCCUGGCCUUUUUAAUAGUCCUGUCUACAUGCAGUGGCCAGGACAGGUCCUGUGUGAUGGUCACACCGAGAGUCGUCCACAUCGUGAUGCAUCUAAGACUCAAGAAAUGUCCAGAGCUCAAGUGCUCAACACUGCAGGAGACGUGGAGGGAGGGAGGCAGGGUGAGACCAAGGUGCUGCCUCUGGUGAAGCAGGAGAAAGUAGAAAGAGACAAUUGCAACCUGGACCUCAAGGUGGAGGUGAAUAUCAGGGCAGAGUGUGGCCUGUCAAAUGCCCUGGAGCCCAAUGAAGAGAUCCCCCGCGGUGAUGUUGGUGACACUAGUAUCACCAACAUCACCCCUUCAACCCCCUCCACCAAGCAACCCUCUUCCUCUCCCACUGACUCCACAGUGGAUCUGACCUGCCCGCCACGAGGCAAGCAUAAAGCCACCGAGGCCCCUGGAAACAGUUUGGCAGACAGCAGUGGGGGCCUCCCGGCCCCUGAAGCUGCUCGCAGGGAACUUGGAGUGAGCCUUACAGAUGGUGCUCUGAAGCCAGAGAUCCAGACAGAUGAUUGCAUGGAAGAAGAACUUCAUCCCUCUCAGCUGUCAGCCCCUGUAGCAUCAGAUGAGCCCAGCCCCGACCGCCUCCACAGCCUGGGCCUUGACCUGGUCUGGAUGCAAGAGAGGCCACCUCCACCCCCUCCCCCAUCAGCUCCUUCUGCCAUACCGACCAGCCAUAGGCGGCCUUAUAGGAGCAGUGCUGCCUCUUCUAAAGAUCCUGUGUCAUGUGCAGUUUGUGGUCGUCUCUUCCCAAGUGCAGCAGCCCUGGAGCUGCACCAGCGGGUGCACUCAGGGGAGAGACCCUACACUUGCCCUCACUGUGGGAAGGGCUUCGCCCAGCCCAACAACCUGCGGGUCCACCUCCUCAUCCACACUGGGGAGAGGCGCUAUCGAUGCACACUGUGCGGGAAGAGUUUCAUCUCGUCCAGCCACCUGAAGAGGCACCGCACAGUCCACACGCAGGAGAAGCCCUACAGCUGCUCGCGCUGUGGACAGUCCUUCAGCCAGAUGUGUAGUGUUCGCAGACAUCGGCAGCAGUCCCAGUGUGGACUGUAGACUUCCCCCCAGAUGGGGUGGAUAAAAUCUUAAACUGAUGGGUGAAUAACUCAAAUCCCUUUAUAUGGGAAUUCAUGCAUCUUAUGUAAGCAUGAGCAAACAAGAGAAGGUUGUAUUCUGUGAUAUCAUGACAUGUAGAGUUUAUAUAUGUCCUAGACCAUAGCAGUAACAUGUGAACUCUGUUUUAAGGUGGCUUUCCCUUUCAGACCCUCAACCUUUUCCUCCUCUAUGCUUCCGACAGAGGAUCACAGAGUGGACUGUAAAAGAGUGCCUCAGUGUCGACACCACUCAAUCCAUCCUUUUAUCAUGAAAUGGUCAUGUUUAUGACUGACUAUCUGGUUUACAGAACUUACACACACUUGUGCGGGUCAUGGAGCUGAUGGUCAUGGUUUAUCUUGGAUCAUUUUAGCUGAUGCUUUCCACUGACCAGGCAGUCAAACGGAUUGAACACAACCCUAUUCUGACCACCUGACAGCUCUGUGGUAUUUCAGUUGACCUGUGAAAUUGACUUAAAAUCCAUCAAACUUUUACCACAUUUGAAUCACAAAUAUCUAAUCUCGCCUUAUUCAACUGUGGUUUCAUAUUUCCAGACAGUUCCAGCUGUCUGUUUUAGAGCUAAUCACUCAAGUGUGCAAAGGUUUUUCAGUUUUUUGACUGGAAGCAGGGAGGACACGUUAGCUCAGUUAGCUUAGCUCAGUUAAAAGAGAAACACCUACACAUUCCAACAACUCUGAAUGCUGCUUUUAUUUUAUGCAAUCAUCACAUGUUGUGAUGAAAAAGUGGAAAAUGUGACAUCAGGAGCAUGUGGCUGUUUGUGAGCGGAGGGAUGACAUCACACAGUGUUGCUAAACUCACAAUAUUUAUUUAUUUAUUUAUUCAUUCAUUUUAUUUGCAAGGGACAUUGUACAAAAUAGAAUAUAAAUGUGCACUUGAUCUGUUUAACCAGAGUUAGCUUAAAGGUCGUCUGAAUAUGCAAAGUGAAAAAAACAACACUGAAAUAACAGGACACAAUACAAAAUUACACACAAUGGUACAUCUUUCUCAUACACACCUGUGCACACACACUCACAUGCAGCUAUCUCUGAAUGUUCUCUGUUUUGUUCCUUGUUAAAGGGGGUACUCUUGUUGAGGGUUAGGUUCAGAGGAUAUUGCACCUUGUUAAGCCCCAUGGGAGAGAUUUUGAUUCGUGGAUAUUGGAUAAAACAACCUGUCCAAACUAAUCACUACUGGUUGAGCCAUGCAUUGAUUGCAAAGAAGGUCAUUUGUCCUUCAUAUUAAACUCAGCAGUUAUUCCACACACAUAAAUGUUUAGUUGUUCUGUUUUUGUGAUUCAAAUUCCUAUUGAUUUCCUUCAGUGUUUGUACAGUGUCUUUUACCAUAUCUCUCAUAUACUCAUACAGUUUUUUGAGACAAACUAACACUUUGGAAAAAGAUUUGUCCACAGUAGCAUUAAGACUCCCUCACAAAUUCUCUCAUGAUAAACGUUUCAGCUACUUAGAUAUUAGCUUACAUACUUCAAAGAGUUUCCUCACAUCUGCUUAAAACUGUCUGAUAAAGCUAUAACUCUUCAUGUCAUCUGGUCAGACUUUCCACUCAGUUGUGACUUUCACAUAGAAUGUUUAAUGCAGAGCAAUGAACAUGUAAAGCACAAUCUGCUAUUGAUGAUUUUUCUAAAUUUUAUGAACCAAAAGUAAACAAAGUCACAUACUGGCGGAGGGGCUAUGCCAUUUGAAUUUUUAUACACUAGUGAUAAACUUGAUUAUAACCUGAAAACUCAAUAGGGGCUGUUUUUCCAGUAUCCUACAGAGAAAAACAGUGAGCAAAAAUAUUUAAAUAUGCCAAACAUUCUCAGAUUCUAUCUUUUGACAUGACUUGUACAACCUUUGACAUGUGAAAGACCAAACAAUCGUUAAUUGCUUGAGAUAAAUCUGCACAAUAAUAGGAAUAUUUUGGUGUAACAUUUUUUCGUUUUUACAGGGACUCAGGAGUUCUUUUGAAUUAUGAUCUAGAUCAAUUAUUACGCCAAGAUAUAAGUUCAGCAAAAAUAUUAAUUGUUUUACCUUUAAUGAGAAUGCCACCAAUGUAGAGCUGUGCAGCGCCUUUUCCAAAAGUGCUAACAAGACAAACGUUUUGUCUUUCUAAUGUCCAGAUUAAGACAUGAUACAACACAGUCAGCGGCAUACAUUUGCACCCGUAUGCACUCUAGUAGGAUAUCAUUAAUGAAAGACUACAUAAGAGGGACUUAGAACUUUUGGUUUAUGGACAGAGCACCAUUAACUUGAGUAUGUUGUGAGAUAAACUGUUGCUGUAGAUGAAAAAUUCAACAUAAAAAGUUAAGAAAUGAGAAUGUCAUGGCUAAUGGUGAAAUGCUUCAUAUCAAAUACAACACCAACUCCUCAUUUUCUUUUAUUUGCUGUGUUAGGUGUAAGGAAGCUGUUCCAGUGGAACAGGGAAGCCUGUCCUGACCAGUACUGUCAAUGAACCACAGUUUGAGAUUUAUUGGAUACCAAUUUGGUAUUGAAUAAGAACAACUCUGGAGUUGUUGGGAGAUGUUUUCUGAUGACACUAGUUGUUUCUAGUCUUUUUGCUGGACCU